GCAGCUCUGAGCGCCGAGGAGCGGAGCGCGCCCGGAGCCCGCGGCCGGACUGCGAGAGCGAGCCGGGGCACGGGCGCCGAGGCGCGAUCGAGCGAGCGGGGCGAGCGGGGGUGCCCACCGUGGACAGCUCGGGCCCGCGCCCUCGCCCUUCGGCCGAGCGGACGGCGGUUCGCUUCUCUAACUGAGAUGGACAGGAUAUAACCUCCGCUGGGUCGAAGCAUGGCGUCCAGCACUGUGGCUCCCGCCGAAGACCAGCAGGUGGCCGUGGGCAUCGAUGAUCUCCAUAUUUCACUCCAAGCGGAACAGGAAGACACUCAGAAGAAGACCUUCACCUGCUGGAUAAACUCGCAGUUGGCAAAGCACACGCCGCCCUCAGCUGUGUCAGACCUCUUCACCGACAUUAAAAAGGGCCAUGUGCUCCUGGACCUGCUCGAAGUACUCUCGGGCCAACAGUUGCCGCGGGAUAAAGGACUUAAUCCGUUCCAGUGCAGAAUCAAUAUAGAACACGCCCUGACAUUCCUGAAGAACCGAUCGAUCAAGCUCAUCAAUAUCCAUGUUGCUGAUAUCAUAGAUGGAAACCCAUCCAUUAUCCUCGGCCUUAUUUGGACAAUAAUACUGCAUUUCCAUAUCGAGGAGCUGGCCCGGACUCUUUCUUGCAAUUACAAUGAACCUGCCGCGGCUGAGGUGAGCGUGGUGGAUUCGUCUCCUACCUCAAGUCCUCCAGCUAAGAAGUGCUCCAAGGCCCAAGAAAGAUGGAAGCUGUCCGCCAAGAAGGCUCUCCUGCUGUGGGCCCAGGAGCAGUGUGCCACGUAUGAGUCUGUCAGUAUAACAGAUUUCAAAUCAAGCUGGAGGAAUGGGCUGGCCUUUCUGGCUGUCAUUCAUGCCUUGCGUCCAGACCUAAUUGACAUGACCAGUGCGAAGCAGAGGUCCAACAAAGACAAUCUCCAGGAGGCCUUUCGAAUCGCAGAGCGAGAACUCAAAAUCCCCAGGCUGCUGGAACCAGAAGAUGUGGAUGUCGCCAAUCCUGAUGAAAAAUCCAUCAUGACCUAUGUGGCACAGUUUCUGCAGUAUUCAAAGGAUGCCCCUGUGACGAGAGACGAGGCUCAGGGAGAGACGAAAGCCGCUAUGGACUGGCUGGCUCGGCAAGAGAAAAAACUGCAAAAGGCGCUCAAAGAUUCAGAACAUGAGCCCUACUUUAAAAAGUAUCACAGCUUCCUGUCCUUUUUGGAGUCCUUCGAUGAAGAAAAAAAACCCUUCUUGGACCUCCUGCCGCUCACAAGGCCCCCAGAUGAGUUGAGUGAGGAGGAGUUGCGGUUGCGAGGAGACUGGGACGGCCUCAACCAGCAGAUUAACACGUGGAAGACAGAGCUGAACCAGGCCCUGCCUUCGCCUCUCUGUCACAUUGAAGGGUGGCUUCAGGAGCUGGAGGAGCUUGUGGGUGAGGAGCUGCCUGCCUCCCAGAACUACUCUGAAGCCAUGAUCCUGACCCAGGAGAAAAUGACCUUGUUCAAGAGUCUGAUGGAUAGAUGUGACAGCAAUUCAAAUACGCUCAUGGCGUUUGAAAACAGAGAUGAAAAGCACCUGCCAUUGGUGCCGCCUAACAAAUUGGAGGAGAUGAAGAGACGACUGAACAACAUUUUGGAGAGAAGAUUCGCUUUGCUUCUAGAAUUCCAUUACUAUAAGUGCUGGGUUCUUGGUUUGCUGGAGGAAGUGAAAUCCAAGUUGGACGUGUGGAACGUUCGCUACGGGAACAAGGCCUCGGUGGAAUUGCUGCAGGAAGACUGGCAUAAAUUUAUUGAAGAAAAAGGGUUCCUAGUUCAGCUGGAUACUUCUUUUCAAAAAUGUGAAGAAAUUUAUAAGCAUCUGGCUGGAGAGUGUCAGAAUAUCAAUGAACAAUACACAGUGAUGGAAAGCAACAUUUGCAUGUAUAAAAAGUAUCUAUAUAAUGUAAAGUCCACUCUGCAGAAAGUGCUGGCGAGUUGGGCAACGUACAUGGAAAAGCUUCGCUCACUGAAGGCUUGUUUUGAGGAGACAAAGAAGGAACAAAUUAAAGAGGUUCCCUUUGAGAUCUUAUCCCAGUGGAAUGUGGAGCACAUUACUUUAAAUGAAGUGGGGAAUUUCUUAAUUGGAGUCAGCAACGAUGAAGUGGGAGCAUCUAUUUCUAAGGAACUGAGGCGGCUGAAUAAGCGAUGGAGAAAGUUCAUUUCAAAAACUCAGCUGGAAAUGAAGCUCCCACUUAUUAAAAAACAAGAUCAGCCCAUUCCCGACACUUCUGGAAAUAUUCUACCAUCUAAAGAAGAAAAGCCAACUGCUGAUGUUUUGACAGACGCAUCGACCGAACUUUCUGGAGAUCAUGACUGGAACAUAAGGGCUGGAGGAGAAGGUGAAAAGGAGAAGGAAGAAUUCCCGGGGCAGCUCAAAGUGGCUGAAGAGGUGGAGAAGCUCAGCGGACGGGUGGAGAUCUGGGAGGCGGAAACCGCGUCUGUUUUGGAUCUUCUGAGGCAGGGAGAUGACGCGGGGACAUCCAUGGAGGAACCCUUGCAGCAUCUCCUUGCCAAAGGCUCCAUGUACGAAGAGCUAGUGGCCAGAACCGAAGAUACAUUACAAAUGGAUAUUCAGAAUAUUUCCAGCCAGGAGUCCCUUCAACACGUUCUCACGGCUGGACUACAGGCCAAGAUUCAAGAAGCUAAAGAGAAAAUCCAGAUCAAUGUGGUAAAACUCAUGGCAGCAUCAAAGACCUCAAGUGAUGUUUCAGCAGGCUUGGAUGCCAGGCUGCAGCUAGAGGAGUCACGGAAGGAGCUGGAAUCACACAUGGCCAAGGCUGAGCAGCUACUGGAGCAGCGAGAGCGCCCCGGUGCCCUCAUCUCAAAGUACAAGGAAGCAUUAAUACUUCUUAAUACUAAGUGUAUGGCGAAGUACUUGAGAGCUGUGGAAGAAAUGAAGGGUAGUGUAACGGAGGACGUGCAGCUGUCUUGGGAAGAAGAGAGCAGAGCUGUCUGUGCCAAGUGGGAGUCUCUUCAUCAUGAGUUGUCUUUGUAUAUUCAACAACUGAAGAUAGAUAUUGAGAAAGGAAAGCUGAGUGACACGAUUUCAAAACUCGAAAAGCAAAUAAAUAAAGAGAAGAAACUUAUUCGCAGAGGAAGGACCAAGGGCCUGCUCCAGGAACACGAGGCUUGCUUCUCUAAGGAAGGCAUCCUGCCCCAGCUCCAUCAGCACAUGGAUGUCCUCAGGGAGCUGUGUGAGGAGCUCCCUUCACAGCACAGUCAGCAGGAAGGGAAGCGAGCACUCCGGGACUAUGAACAAAAGAUAGAAAGACUUCUGAGAUGUGCGACGGAGAUUCACGCCACCCUGCAGGCCACCGCGGGAGACCCGUCGGGGAACAAGGGGACUGUGGCCACGACUGAGAAUGGAGGAAGGGAUUCCCACGGGGAGGUGCCAUUUGCAAAACCUGAUCAUCAGCCGCCAACGGAACAGGCGAUGGAGCCAGCUAACUUCGUGCCUGCAUCGGAGGUAAAGCCUCAACAAGAAGCAAGCGUCGCGGAGCAGCAUGAGAAGGAACACAGCCUCACUCUAGACAGUUUACAGAAGAGGUAUGUUACACAGAAGGAAAUUCUUGAACUACACCUUCAAAGCAACAAAUUCAGGAUAACUUCUGCGUUCUCCAGUGAAAAUGAAGAGAGUAGUGCUUGCUUACGGGACAAACUGACCGAUCUCCAGGGCUUAAAAAAUGAAACUGAUGCUUACUGGAAGGAGUUUGAAAUCACCUCCCUGAAAUUAGAAAAUCUUGUGAGUGAUGUGGAGAAGCCUGCGAUAGUUAAGGCACGAGAUGGACUAAAGGAAAAAGAAGGGGAGCUUCACCUAACCCUUCACGCCAGGCUGAAGUCUUUGGAGACAGCACUGCAGACUGUGUCCCCUGUAGAGAGGGAGACAGUGUUUCUCUGUGGCUUGGAUUUGUCCCUUCCUGAAAUUGUCAUCCAGGACUUUCAUCUUGUCAAUGUUGAUGGCAUCUAUCAACACCUGAGGGACAUCCAGGACUCCGUAGCAAAGCAGAUUGAAAUCUGUAAUGAAGAGUUGGACAGCUUCGCAUCAAAGGAAUUGCACCCAUCUGACGUGCAGGCAGCACAGAACAUUACACUGACCUGCAAAGCGCAACUUGAAGGAAUGAGCCACAAGGUGCAGACCAGGGACGGCGCCCUCAGAGCUCUGGAAGACUUUCUGGAAUGUCUAGGAACAGCUAAACCCUCUGCUGAGGGCACCGCAGACCGGCCAGCCGAGCAGAACCCGGAAGCACCAGGAAACGCCUCCAACGCAGAAAACGAAGUGGGCGCAACUCAGCUGCUGAAAGACAGGGCCAGGCAUUUGGACGAAAGUUUGGAGGUGCUUGGCGUCAGCCUUAAAGAUGUGCAGCAAGGCGAAGACACGUCCUGUGAAAAGCUGCUGGAGGCUUCGAGCCUGAGGGUACUGGGGUCCUGUGGCUCCAGCCCACGGGAGGAGCUCACCGAGGAAGCCAGAUUACUGGAAGCUUGCAUUCUCAGAAAUAACGAGCUCUUCAAAAACAUUCAAGAUGUACAGAGCCAGAUCGGUAAACUUGGCCUUAAGGACCCUACCAUCCCAGCCGUGAAGCAUCGGAAAAAAUCAUUAAUCAGACUGGAUAAGGAUCUGGAUGGAUACGAGGAAGAGAAGAAGCACCUUCAAGAAUUGGCUCUUUCUCUCCCGCAAUUCCACGAUGGCAGAGAACUCGUACUGAGUCAGCAAUGCCACCGUACCGUGCGCCUGUGGGAGAACACGAAAGCUGCGCUGGCCGAAUGCCUUGAACAAUGUGGAAGAGUUUUGGAGCUCCUAAAACAAUAUCAUAAUUUUAAAAGCAGCUUGACCACUUUGAUUCAGAAAGAAGAGAACGCCAUCUCCCUCCAGGCUUCGUACAUGGGAAGGGAAAACCUGAAGAAGAGGAUCACAGAGAUUGAGACGAUCAAGGAAGAAUUUAAUGAACAUGUAGAAGUUGUAGACAAGAUAAACCAGAUCUGCAAAAAUCUACAAUUUCAUUUAAAUAAAAUGAAAACCUUUGAAGAACCACCUUUUGAAAAAGAGGCUAAUAUCAUUGUGGACAGAUGGCUUGAUAUAAACGAGAAGACAGAAGACCACUAUGAAAAUCUUGGUCGCGCUCUAGCUUUGUGGGACAAACUUUAUAACAUGAAAAACGUCUGUGAUGAGUGGACCGAAGAGGUUGUUCAAAAGAUGGAGCUCCAUCCGCUGACUGCUGAGGACAGAGACAGGCUGGAGGAAGAGUUACAAGUCCACGAGCAGAAAGUUGCGGAGUUUUCCAGGAGGGUGGCUGAAAUACAGUUUUUGCUGCAAAGCAGUGAAAAACCACUUGAACUCCAGGUCAUGGAGUCCUCUAUUUUGAAGCAGAUGGAACAAGUGAAACAGUGUUUAACUGGAGCUUCGAGCUGUUCUGCACUGGCAGACAACGCUGCCGAGCUGCGGGAGGAUCUAGACCAGGCCAAGACCCAGAUUGGGGUGACAGAGUCCCUCCUAAAAGCCCUGUCCCCUUCUGACAGCUUGGAAAUCUUCACUAAGCUUGAGGAGAUCCAGCAGCAGAUUCUGCAGCAGAAGCACAGUAUGACUGUCCUUGAGACGCAGGUCGGCUGUAUGACUCCUGAGCUCGCGGAGCUGAAAAAGCAAUACGAGAGCGUCAGCGAUUUGUUCACUGCCAAGAAGAGUGUUCUGCAGGAUCACUUUUCCAAGUUACUGAACGAUCAAUGCAAGAACUUCAACGACUGGUUCAGCAACGUUAAAAUGAACCUCAAGGAGUGUUUCGAGUCAUCAGAAACCAAAAAGAAUGUGGAACAAAAGCUACAAAAACUUUCUGAUUUCCUGACCCUGGAAGGAAGAAGCAGCAAAAUCCAGCAGGUGGAAACAGUCGUGAGACACGUGACCAAGCAUCUGCCCCACGCGCGUGUUGCAGAGCUCAACAGUUGGCUUUUGAGUCAAGAACUGGAACUGGGACAGAUGGAGUCUGUGUGCCGGGCUCGAGCCAAGGAGCUGGCUGAGCUGUUGCAGCAGCUCCUGAGACUCCAAGAUGACCACAGAAAUCUUAGUAAAUGGUUGACUAAUCAAGAAGAUAAGUGGAAAGAAAUGCAAGAAUCGGGAGAGAAAGCUGAGCUGUUUUGCCAAGCUUUGGCUAGAAAGAGGGAACAAUUCGAAUCUAUGGCCCAAUUGAACAACUCAUUGAAGGAACAGGGGCUGACCGAGGAAGAAGACAUAAUAAUGGAAUCAGCACGUUUGAUUGACAAAUACCAGACAUUAUUGAGACAAGGACACGGAAUUGAGGAAGAGGCCCAGUUAGCACCUGCUGAGGACCAGGGUUUUAAUGAUCUUGCACACGAUGUAAUUCACUGGAUAAAGGAGAUUAAAGAAUCGCUUAUGGCUUUGAAUUCAUCGGAAGGCAAAAUGCCGCUGGAGGAGAGGAUCCGAAAGAUAAAGGAAAUCAUUUUGCUAAAACCUGAAGGGGAUGCCAAAAUACAGACCCUCCUGAGAGAGGCCGGGAGCAGCGAGGCCCUGUCUGUCCAGGAGACCCUCGGCGACAUCAGGAGCCAGUGGGACAGCACGCUGCAUUUAGCCAGCACGUACCUGAGCCAUCAAGAAAUGCUUCUGCUCGAGGGAGAGAAGUACCUGCAAAGCAAGGAGGACCUGAGACUGAUGCUCACGGAGCUGAGGAAGAAGCAGGAGGCGGGCUUUGCUCUGCAGCACGGCCUGCAGGAGAAGAAAGCGCAGCUGAAAAUCUGUAAGAAGUUCCUGGAGAAAGCGCAGGACUUGACGUCCUUGCUGAAGGAGCUGAGAGCUCAGGGAAGCUACCUGCUGCAGUGCACCAACAACCCCAGCUUCAGCGAGGAGCCCUGGCUGGAGAUAAAGCGUCUACACCAAAGUCUUCUUCAGCAGCUCCAGGACUCCGUGCAGAAGCUGGAAGGUCACGUUCAGGAGCACCAGUCCUACCAGGUUUGCCUCACGGAAUCGAAUGCCGCGCUGGACAGUCUCUCCAAGGAACUCGCCAGUUUUGCCGAUCAGCCUGUGGAUCGAAUCGCAGUGGAGGAGAAGCUGCAGAAACUAGAGGAGUUCCAACAUCAACUCAGUUUACAGGGCGGCGCGUUAGACAAGAUUUCAGCUUUAGCCAAGUCCGUCCAGCAAAACACGUCGUCUGUGGGACAGAAGGUUAUCAAAGAGGAUGUAAAAUCACUUCAGCAUAAACAAAAAGAUUUGGAAAGCAGAAUCGAGUCUGCUAAGCAGGAGGCUGAAAGUCAGCUCCACAGUGCUCACCUCCAGUUGCAACGCGCAAAGGAAGGGACAGGGGAGUUGACUGUGCCCGGCGGGGAGCAGCAGGAGGGCAGCCCGGAGGAGGCGGCUGCAGUGGGAAAGUUGGAGGAAGACGGAGACAUAAACAAGAAUUCAGCUGUGGAGAUGAUUUUGUCAAAACAACUUUCCCUUGGCGUUCAAGAAAGCAUGAAAAACAGCGAAGAUGAGCAGAAAGUCAGGGGGCUGCAAGAUCAACCUUUAGAAUUGGAUGUCGUGUUAAGAAAUGAACAAUUAAAAGAGAUAGAGGAAUUAUACGCCCAGCUGGAAGCAAAGAGAGCAGCCAUCGAAACACUGGCCGAAGCCAGCGCCUUGGGUCUCCACGACACCGGAGACCCCGCCCAGCACUUGGACACGCUGCUCCAGGCUCUUGCGACUUUGAAGGAAGACAGAGAAAGCCAGUAUUGUCUCCUUGCAGAUUUCCAGGGGCAGCUCAGCGUGGCCGCCACCUCCGUGAAAGCCUGGUUGGCGGAAAAAGAAAAUCUGAAAGGAGGUUCCCUGGACAUUGCAGCCCAUCUGGACAAAAUUAAAAAACUGUUGGCAUCGAUAGAAGAAGAGAAAGGAUUGCUAAGCAAGCUGAAAAUGGAAUGGGAAAAUGUUUCAGAACAUCUGACUGGCAUGGAUCAGAAGUUGUUGGAAAGCCAGAUGAAGCAGCUUGAACGUGGGUGGGAGCAAGUAGAACAGCUGCUUCAGAAGAAGUAUUCCCAGCGAGCAGUGGAGCGCGACGCAUUCGCCUCCCUCGUGAGCAAGAUCCGCGACCUGGAGAUGUCCCUGCAAAAGCAGCAGCAACGUCUGCGCUCAAGGCUGAGCUCAGCAGGAGCCCAGGAGGGAGACCAGAGUGUGGUCGCCUCGGCCACUGAACUCCAGACGCUGAAGCAGGGGUUUUCUGUCUUGAAGGGGCAGGCUGAACUUCAGAUGAAGAGGCUCUGGGGAGAAAAAGACAAGACGAUCCUGGAAGACGCAAUAAAUAAUCUGAAAAGUCAGUUGGACGCGUUGGAGCCGUUAAGUCUAGAGGUAGAAAAUCAGAUGAAGAAGUGUGAGAUGAGCAGCGAGGUGAGGGAGACCAUCCUGUGGGUCAAGAAUCUGUUGGGGGAACUCGUUCACCCCGUUUCCCUUCUCCCAGAGGACAUUUUGUCACAGAUCCGAAAACGCAAGGUGACACACGACAGCAUACUGGAAAAGCAGCAGGCCGUGGAAUCGUUGGCCGAAAAGGUCAAAGAUCACAUUUCUAAUCUUCCGGCAGACGAGAGCAGUGAUUUGCAGUACCUGCUCGAGUAUUUACAGAAUCAGUACCAAAUGCUAGUUCUAAAAUCAACAGAAAGAUCCCAGCAGUUAGAAUGUCAACUGGAAGAGAGAAGCAGACUUUUCGCGGUGAUAGGGAAGGUGCAUUCGACGCUGCAGGAAAGUGAGAUGCUGAUGACAGACAAGAUGGGAGCCACCUGCACAGAAGCGGAGCUGGGACGCCACCUCGUCACUUUGAAAGGAUCUCAGGAGGAACUGCAGGAAGUUGAGAGGCUAAUCUCAACACAGCUCCCGGAACUCGCCACCAUCUCCGAGGAUCUCAAUGUGUUUGAACGAUUAUUUCUGGAUGACCAAUUGAAAAAUCUUAAGACUAGGGUCAGCAGAACACAGAGAUUCAUCGAGAAUAGAUGCGGGGAAGUAGAACACAAAGUAAAGUUUUUCAGAGAAUUCCAGGAAAAAAUAUCCGUGCUGCAGAAGGAAGUUGACGAUCUACAGCACAAGGAGCUGCUGCUCACUCAAGAAAUAAACCAGGAUGCAAAACAAGAGUUUCGCACUCUGAAAGACAGACUCGCCGGUAUUCAGUGCGGCGUCUUACAGAUGUUGAAACUUAAAGAAGUGUUUGAGAUUAUGGGCCUAGAGUGGGAUCAUUCGCGACUGGACCAAUUACAAAGCCAAGUGAAUGAAAAAGAAAAGGAGCUUGAAGAACAAAUGAAACAGGUGGACCUGUUUGUGACCGCGCGUGACAAAUAUCAGGAGUCCCUGGAUAACAUGAGGGCUGUGGACCUGCACGUUGAGAACAGGGCUGAAGGCCUUCUGAACGCUCCUGGCGCAUCACCAGAAAGCUGUCUGCUCCAGGCCCAGAUUCUGGACCAGAGACUCGAGAAGACCAAGUGCUCAUACGAUGACCUGAUGAAGCAGCUGACUGAAAGCGAGGCCUUCGACGACUCAUUCAAAGAGAAGGAAAUAGCACACAUAAUGCAAAAAGCAGAAGAAAAGGAUAACUUACGCAAGCUCCUGCAAAACAUGAUCUCACACUUCCAGCCGAAAGACACGGAUGAGAAGAAUUUGCAGGACAGACUCGAACGUUCCUUACGUCUUUUAAAUCAGAUAGAACGUCAACUACAGCAGCCUUUACUUAUACACUUGGACGUUGCACACAUUCAAAACGAAAAGGACAACUGUGAAGCAUUUUGGGAGCAGGUUCAGGCAGAAAUGUGUGCUGUUAGAGCUGUGGCUGUGCCCGAGACGCAAAGGGAGGAGAGAACCCCUCCUGAAAGCAGGGGUGUGCACGCAACACUGCGUGACGUUGAAGAUCUUCAGAGGCAGCUCCGCACAAGCAUUGACUUGCGCAAAAAUGUGUUGAGUGAUGCUCAUGAAAAUGUCAUUCGCUACAACGAAGCAGUCACCAGGGCAGUGGGGAUCAUCGCGUCCCUCGGAGCCACCUGUGCAUCGCACCCAGUAGACCUGGACAAUCUGGAAGAAUCACUGGCAGCGCCUCGGCGCAAGCAGGAGGAGCUGGAAUCCACUCUAGCGGACAUCCAGGGCCUCGCGGAGAGGCUGGGCACUGUGUGCAGCCCCCAGGCCCAGCGGCAGCUGCAGUGCACUUUGCAGGAACUGGUUGCGAAGAAGUCAGCCUUGCAGGAGGCAGCCAGAGGAGCGGACGCUGAGCAAGCAAGGUAUCUCCAGAAUUACAAGAACUAUGGGAAAAUUAAAGAGAAAAUUUGUGCCAACCUCAAGAAAAUGGGGACAGUGCUUGGGCAGUCCAUCUCCCCACUGCCUGUGUCUUACAAAGAAGCCCUGGAGCGCUUGGAGGAGAGCAAGGUUCUGGUGUCAAACGCCGAGUCAGCCGAGGAAGACCUGCUGGAACUACGCCAGGUGGUCAGACGCCUGAGCGCCAGGUGCACAGAGGGUGACAGAGUCCAUUUGCAGCGGAUCCUGCUGGCCCUGUGGGAGGAAUGGCUGAGGCUGCUGGAAGCUGCCAGAGCGUGGGAGAUGUGGUGCGAGACCCUGAAGCAGGGCUGGAAGUUCGUCAGUGAAGAAAUGGAACGAGAAGCAAUUAUUUUAGAUAAUCUUCAAGAGGAACUUCCAGAAGUUUCCAAAACAAGAGAGGCAGCCCCCAAAGAGGAGCUGUGUGAGCUGUUGGAGAGCCUGAGCCAGUGUGAGCAGCACGUGGAGAAGCAGCAGCUGCUGCUGAACCUCCUGCUCGAGCGCAUGAAGAGUGUCCAGAAUGUUCCAGAAGGCCCCGGGGCUGGGACGACCACCCCAGCACUGCAAGAGGUCACUUCUAUGCAUGACCGAUGCAACAGGCUUUUUCAAAAAGUCCAAAAAAGUAAGGAAUUGAUGCAGACUGAAAUCCAGGAGAGACACGCCUUCACGAGAGAAAUCGUUGCUUUGAAGCAUUUAUUUCAACAGACUGCAACUUCUUUCCAAAAUGCAACGCAGGAGCACCCGUUAAAGGCCGAGCAGCUGGAGGAGCUCCAAAGCAUUCUUAGGGAAGGGAAGCGAACCUUUGAGACUCUGAUGGAGAAGCUGCGGAUCAAGUACUCGGAGAUGUACACCAUCGUCCCCGCGGAGGUUGGCUCCCAGGUGGAGGAAUGCCGGAGAGCCCUGGAGGACACCGAGGAGAAGAUCAGCAACGAAGUCUUGAAGAGUUCCCCGUCAUAUGCCAUGAGUAGAAAAAUAGAAGAAAUUAACAGCGGACUUCAAAAUGUUGAAAAGAUGUUGCAGCAGAAGAGCAAAAAUAUUGAGAAAGCUCAAGAAAUUCAAAAGAAAACGUGGGAUGAGCUCGAUCUCUGGCACGCCAGGCUCAAUGAACUGGAUGCUGAAGUCCAGGACGUUGUUGAACAGGACCCAGUGCAGGCCCAGGAGUGGAUGGACCACCUGAUGAUUCCUCUCCAGCGGUAUCAGCAAGUGUCCCAGAGAGCGGAAUCCAGAACCUCGCAAUUAAAUAAGGCCACGAUCAAGAUGGAGGAAUACAGUGAGCUUCUGAAGAGCAUUGAGGUUUGGGUAGAGAAUACCAGUCGUCUGCUGGCCAAUCCUGCUGACUACGACUCUGCCAAGACACUGAGUCACCAUGCUAGCACCCUCCAGAUGGCUUUGGAAGACUCAGAACAGAAGCACAGUCUGCUACACUCUGUUCUCACGGACCUGGAAGAGCUGUCCACAAUUUUCGAUACGGAUGACCUCACGCAGUCCAUCCAGGGGUUGAGCAGUCAAAUCACUGCUUUACAGCAGAAGUUACUGGAGAGCCUUCCACAGAUUCAGCGCAUGGCUGAUGAUGUGGUCGCUAUUGAAUCGGAAGUAAAAUCAAUGGAGAAAAAAGUCUCAAAAAUUAAAACUAUCCUGCUAUCCAAAGAGAUAUUUGAUUUUUCACCAGAAGAACAUCUGAAACAUGGGGAGGUCAUCCUGGACAACCUGCGGCCCAUGAAGAAGACCAUUGCUGAGAUAGUGUCUUACCAAGUGGGGCUGCGGCUGCCGCAGGCGGGAAGGGGCCCUCUGCCCGUGUUCCAGCGCACAAGCCAACUUCUCCAGGACCUCAAGCUGCUGGAGAACGUGACUCAGGAGCAGAACGAGUUACUAAAGGCAGUCAUAAAACAGACUAAUGAAUAUGAUGAAGAAAUACAGAAGUUCCAGCAGAUCUUAAGCGAUCACGCAGAUGACGUCUCCCGUGAACACACGUCAGCAGGCCAGGCUGCCCACCUGCCACAGGCCCAGGGAGAAGUGGAACAGGCGCAGAAGCAGAUUCUGAGUUUAAACCAGAAAAAAGAAGAGGUGUUGGGGGACUUGAAGACUGCUGUGCUAACCCUUCACCGGCAUUUGAAGCAAGACCAAGAAGAAGGGGAAAGACAGUUGCUUCCAGCCGGAGCGUCCGAGGAAGGUGGCGUGGCCGAAGGGGAUAUUUCUGAGUGGCAGGUGAACCCGAGAGGCUCCAUGUCUUUCCUGCCAGCACUCAAGGAAGAGGUGGAGGAGGGCUCCGUGAAGAGCGAAACUGGAGAUAAGAAGGCGGAGCCAUCUUCUGCGUCGUGGUCUUUACCCUGGAAGCAUGGCGAGGAGGUGGAGGAAGACCGAGCAUCCUCAUCGUCGGCCACCCUGGUUCAGGAGGUGAAUGGAAAAAUAAGCACCUGUGACAGUUCCAUGGCGCAGAUUCUUGUACCAGCCACACCAAACACCGAGCAAGGCCCAGAAUUCUCGCUGAGGCCCGGCCAAACAGAAGAGGGUGCCGCGCCUCCCAUCCAGGUUCUGGACUUUUCUGAGGAGCCGGGAGCUGCCGGAGCCACGGUGGAGAGAGGUGGGCCUGAGCUUGCAGAAGUCCUCCAUGCCUGCAGAUCCCAGGUAGCCGAGCUGGAGCUGUGGCUGCAACAAGCCAACGUGGCAUUCGAGCCGGAAACAUUAAACGCAGACAUGCAGCAGGUGGUGGAGCAGGAGUUGGUCGGCUGCCAGGCUAUGCUCACAGACAUCGAGCACAAGGUCGCUUCCCUGUUGGAGACCUGCAGGGACCAGAGCCUGGGCGAGAGUGGAGCCAUCCAGUACGAAGCGGAAGCCCUUUCUCUGAAACUCAGAACUGUCAAGUGCAACUUGGAGAAGGUCCAGAUGAUGUUGCAAGAGAAGUACAGUGAGGAUCAGCAUCCUACCAUUCUAAAGAAACCUCCAGAUCAUCAAGGCGUUCUACAACCAGGUGACCUUUCGGAAUGGGAACGGACCGAAACGGAAAGGCCACAGUUCCACAGACAAAAAGAUAUCCUAGAACCACAGGUCAUGGAGCUAAAACCAAUGGAACAGAAAGAUUUAAUCAAAUUCAUAGAAUUUAAUACUAAGAAAAUGUGGCCCCAGGAUUGCCAGCAUGAAAAAGAUCCAACUCAGGAAUCAUCAAUGAGCAAUAGGGCCUCCAGCCCUGAAAAUGAUGCUCCAGACUCGGUGUCGUGGCCCCAGGGCCGCAGUGGCGGGAGGUGGCUGUAUCUGCACCGUAAGCUGUCAUCCAGAACCAGACCCGCCCUGCCACAGCUGGUGGAGCCGCAGGUUGCCACUAACACGAGUAUUCUACCCAGUGUGAGUGUGUAUAACUUUAAAUACCCAACAACUGAAGAACUGAAAACCUACACCACUCAACUCGAAGACCUGCACCAAGAAGCAAGCACCCUCCAGACACAGGAACCCAUGACAGAAGACAGGUGCAGUGGUUUGGAUAAGAAAUUAUUUGAGCUGUUUCUGCCCCUCAGUCAGCACCUUGACCUUGUGGAGGAGCUGCUUCAGACGCCUGGGCUUGUCAGAGAGGACGUUUCGGCACAGCAGGUGCACUACGAGACCCUGGCUCUGGAGUUGAAGAAGCUUUAUUUAUCUCUGAGCAACAAGAAAGGUGACCUUGUGAAGGCCGUGACGUGGCCCGGCAGGAACACCAGCUUGCUCCUCGAGUGCCUGGAGCAGCUCCAAGCCUGCCUGGAGCACGCCCGGGCCACGGCUGUCUCUAGAGGCAAGUCCCUGAAAGCCGGCCUGGACUACAAGCGCAGUUACCAGAGCGAAAUCAAGCGGCUGUAUGAUCAGCUCACCCAGAAGAAGACGUCCUUGCAGCAGUCUUUGAAUGAAAUGAGCGGCCAGGCCGUUGGAGAGCAGCUGCAGAAAGCCGAUGCGUGCACAGCGGAGCUGCAGAACUCUGAGAGCCGAGUGGCCAAGCUGCGAGCCGAAGGCGAGAGGCUUCACCUGCCGUGGGCUUUGCUCCAGGAGGUUUCCAAGUUAGAGGACGUUCUCGACAGCAUGUGGGCGAUCCUCAGAAGCAGGUACUCAGCGCUCAGCAGCCCCUUUGUCUCGGAGAGCCAGCAGGAUGCCUUGUUGCGAGGCGUGGAGGAGCUAGUGCGUAUCGGGAAGGAAAAGCUUUCCCACGACCACCUGCAGCCAGCCAAGAGCAAAGCUGCUUUGCAGGCGCAGGCACAGAGUCACAAGGUUUUUUUCCAGAAGCUUCUUGCCGACAUGUUGUUCAUCCAAACAUACUCUUCCAAAGUGUCUCCUUUGUUGCAAAAGAGAGAGGGAUUUUGGGCCGAACAAGUGGCGGAAGUUAAAUUGCUGGAGGAGGAAUCGCGCCAGCGUGGCGUGGCGCUGCAGAGUUUGCUGCAGAAAUGGGAAGCAUUUGAUGAAAACUACGCGUGUCUUGAGAAGGACCUGGAAAUUCUUCUGUCCACACUGCCCUCCGUGAGUCUGGUGGAAGAGACAGAGGAAAGAUUAGCAGAACGGAUCUCACUCUACCAGCAAAUAAAACGCAACGUCGAUGGAAAGCAUGUCCGGCUAUACCAAACUCUGAAUGAAGGCAAACAGCUGCUGGCCACCGUGAGCUGCCCCGAACUAGGGGGCCAGAUGGCCAAACUGGAGGAGCAGUGGCUGUCGCUGGACAAGAGGCUUGACCGGGAGCUGCAUCGCCUGCAGACGCAGCUGAAGCAUCUGCGCAGCUACAACAGAGACUCCGAUGAGCUCACCAGGUGGCUGGGAUCCGCCCAGCAAACUCUGAAUCACUGGAAAGAGCAGUCCCUCAACGUGUCUCAGGAUCUGGACACAGUCAGAAGCAACAUAAGCCGCUUCUUUGAGUUCACAAAGGAGGUGGACGAGAAGUCCUCCCUGAAGACAGCCGUGGUCAGCACCGGGGACCAGCUUCUGCAUCUCAAAGAGGCUGACACGGCCACCCUGAGAGCCUGCUUAGCACAGUUUGAACAAAAGUGGACGCUGCUCAUCACUCAGCUUCCAGAUAUUCAGGAGAAGCUGCACCAGCUACAGAUGGAGAAACUGCCGUCUCGCAAAGCAAUCACAGAAAUGAUCGACUGGAUGGACUCCAUGGAGAGCGCCCUCGAAGGCGCUGAGCUGUCCCCAGGCUCCGCGGCGCAAGUUAGAAGCCUCCUGCGGAAGCACAAAGAGUUUCGAAUGGAGAUGGACUAUAAGCAGUGGAUAGUGGACUUUGUGAACCAGUCGCUACUUCAGUUAAGCACCUGUGACGUGGAGAGCAAGCGCUACGAGAGGACCGCGUUUGCCGAGGACCUGGGGGAGAUGAACCGCAGGUGGCACCAAGUUCACGGGGCCCUGAACAGGAAGAUACAGCAUCUAGAGCAGCUUUUGGAAAGCGUCACCGAGCAUGAAAACAAAAUACAGAUGCUGGACAACUGGAUGGAGGCUCAGGAAGAGAGGCUGCGGACUCUGCAGCGACCGGAGGCCGUGGUCUCGGUGGAGAAGGUGCUGCUCGAGUGCCAGGAUAUAGAAAAUCAGCUUGAAAUUAAAUCAAAAGCGCUGGACGAGUUGAGACAGAGCUCCCUGACACUGGAGAGCGGAGGGGCGCCACUGGUGAAGGACGCGACAUCUAGAAUCCAUGAGCUAUUCCAGAAGAGGGCCCGCGUGACCAGUCAGAUCAAUCAGCUCAAAAACUCCAUGCAGUCGGUGUUGCGGGAAUGGAAGACUGGUAACAGACUCUGCAGUGAGAUGGAGGUGAUGACGGUCCGGUUCCGGUACUGCCUGGAACUUGGCAAGCCCCUGAUUUCCUCGCUGGAAGCCUUGGGAUGUCAGGUGCAGAACCUGCAGGCUCUUCAGGACGAAGCUGAGAGCAGCGAAGGGAGCUGGGAGAAGCUCCAGGAGGUGACUAGAAAACUCCAAGGUUUCUGCCCCGCGGUGGCUGAACUCAUCCGCGAGAAGUGCCAAGCUACGCUCUCAAGGUGGACCCAGGUAAACCAAGAGAUCGCAGAGCAGUUGCAGAAGGCCCAGAGCGCGCUCCAGCUCUGGAGGACCUAUCACAGCGCUCACUCGGAAGCCUCAGCAAGGCUGCAGCAGCAGGAGGCCAAGUUCCAGCAGCUGGCCACCAUCAACAUGUCUGGGAACAACCUGGCAGAGACCUUGCCCUUGGCCCUGCAGGACAUCAAGGAGCUGCACCGUGACGUGCAGGAGACCAGAGAAGCCUUUGCUCGAAGCUCCGCCCUCUUGGACCGGCUCCCACAGCCUGCAGAGUCCAGCGCCCACGCGUUCCUCUCUGGCCAGCCCCACUCCCUGCAGAGGGCUGCGUUCCUGGAAAAGACGCUGCUGAUGAAGGCCAGCGAAUUUGAGUUUGUCCUCUCGCAGCUUAAGGAGUUUUGGGAUCAACUGGAAUCUUUACAAGGUCUUAUGCAUGAGAAAGAGAAUGUGGAUAAACUCCACCAGCAAGAAAGAGAAGAAAAUCCCAACUCACUCCUGAACCGAGUGCUGGCACUGACGGCCCACUCACCCGAUCUUGAGCGGCUGAAUGAAGUGAGCCUGAAGCUCCCACUGAGCGAGGUGGCCGUGAAGACGCUGCAGAGCAUGAACCGGCAAUGGAUCCAAGCCACGGCCACGGCCAUGGACCGCUGCAGGGAGCUGCAGGACGCUGGACUGAAGGAAAACUUUCUUUACUGCUGUGAGAAGUGGGUCCGACUUUUGGAGAAGAUGGAAGAGAAGCUGGGAGGGAGUGCUGGUGACAGCCUCGCCGCACUGCUGGAGGAGCAGAAGACGUUCCAGAUGUUAGAAGCUGAAGUUUCCAUAAGCCAGAGAGUUGCUGAUGUUUGGGUCACGCAGUCCCUACAACUCCUGGACACAGCGGAGGUAGAGAGGAGCCCUGAAUUUGUUGCGGGGUUCUCGGAGCUGGCGGACCGCUGGCAGCGAGCUGCCCAGGGCGUGCGGCAGAGGGCGCGCGAGGCGGAGGGGCUGGUGCGGAAGUGGUGGUGCUUCACGGCCUCGGCGGAGGAGCUGCUGCGCUUCCUGGCCGACACCAGCCACCUGCUGUCUGCCCUGAAGGGCCGGGACCACUACAGCCUUUCCCAGACCCGAAGCCUGCUGCAGGAGCUGAAGAAUAAAGAAAUCCACUUUCGGAGAUGGCAGACCACCUAUGCGCUGACCUUGGAGGCUGGGGGAAAGUUACAGGACAUGAGUGACCAGGAAUCCAGGGCGUCCGUUGGCGAGACCAUGAGCCAGCUUCAGGACAGCUGGACGAGCACAGAGCUCCAGCUGGGAGAGAUGGUGCAGCAGUUCCAGGGCACGCUGGAGGCCUGGGAGCAGUGUGGAAAGAAACUCCAGGAGCUGAAGAGCAGGCUGCAAGGUGUGAAGGUGCAGAGCAGGGCUUCUCUUCCAGAGCUCCACGAGGACCUCCAGAAGGAGAAGGAGCGCAUUAAGGAUCUGGAGAAGUCUCUAGCGACCUGGUCUCAGAACUGGCAAGAGCUUGAGGCCGUGCAGGCGGAGCUGGGCCGGCGCGCCCUGGCGGAGGACGCGAUGGGGCUGCGACAGCAGAUGGAGCACCUGCACAGACAAUGGGACGACCUGUGCUUGCGAGUGGCCAUGCGCAAACAGGAGAUUGAAGACAAACUCAAUUCAUGGAUCCUAUUCAAUGAAAAGAAUAAAGAAGUGUGUGCGUGGCUGGUGCAGAUGGAAAACAAAGUUCUGCAGACCGCGGAUAUCAGCAUUGAAGAAAUGAUUGAGAAGCUGCAGAAGGACUGCAUGGAAGAAAUAAACUUGUUCAGUGAAAACAAGCUGCGGCUAAAGCAGAUGGGUGACCAGUUAAUCCAGGCGAGCAACAAGACGAGGGCGGCUGAGGUCGACGACAAACUCAACAAGAUCAACGACCGCUGGCAGCAUCUUUUUGAUGUCAUUGGCUCCAGGGUGAAGAAGCUGAAGGAGACCUUUGCCUUCAUUCAGCAGCUGGACAGAAACAUGAGCAACCUUCGCACCUGGCUGGCUCGAAUCGAGUCCGAGCUCUCCAAGCCCGUCGUGUAUGACGUGUGCGAUGAUCAAGAGAUCCAGAAGCGGCUGGCAGAGCAGCAGGAUCUGCAGCGAGAUAUUGAGCAGCACAGCGCGGGGGUGGAGUCCGUGUUUAACAUCUGCGAUGUCCUCCUGCACGACUCGGACGCAUGCGCAAACGAGACCGAGUGUGACUCCAUUCAGCAGACCACCAGGAGCCUGGACAGGCGCUGGAGGAACAUCUGUGCCAUGUCCAUGGAGCGGCGCAUGAAAAUCGAGGAGACGUGGCGCCUGUGGCAGAAGUUCUUAGACGACUAUUCCCGCUUCGAGGACUGGCUGCAGUCGGCCGAGAGGACGGCGGCCUGCCCCAACUCCUCCGAGGUGUUGUACACAAACGCCAAAGAAGAGCUGAAGAGGUUCGAGGCUUUUCAGCGGCAGAUCCACGAGAGGCUCACGCAGCUGGAACUCAUCAACAAGCAGUACCGGCGCCUGGCGCGUGAGAACCGCACGGACGCGGCCAGCAAACUGAAGCAGAUGGUGCACGAGGGCAACCAGCGCUGGGACAGCCUCCAGCGGCGGGUCACGGCCAUCCUGCGGCGCCUCCGGCAUUUCACGAACCAGAGGGACGAGUUCGAGGGGACCAGGGAGAGCAUUCUGGUGUGGCUGACGGAGAUGGACCUGCAGCUGACCAACGUGGAGCACUUCUCCGAGAGCGAUGCGGACGACAAGAUGCGCCAGCUGAACGGCUUCCAGCAGGAGAUCACGCUGAAUACCAACAAGAUCGACCAGCUCAUCGUGUGUGGCGAGCAGCUGAUUCAGAAGAGCGAGCCCCUGGACGCCGUGCUGAUCGAGGACGAGCUGGAGGACCUCCACCGAUACUGCCAGGAGGUGUUCGGCAGGGUGUGCCGCUUCCACCGGCGGCUCACCUCCCCCGCGCCAGGCUUAGAAGAUGAAAAGGAGACCUCUGAGAAUGAAACAGACAUGGAAGACCCCAGAGAGAUGCCCCCUGACUCUUGGCGGAAAAGGGGGGAGAGCGAGGAGCCCCCGUCUCCCCAGUCUCUCUGUCACCUGGUGCCCCCGGCGCCCGGGCACGAGCGGUCCGGCUGCGAGACCCCUGUCAGUGUGGACUCCAUCCCCCUCGAGUGGGACCACACGGGUGACGUGGGCGGCUCCUCCUCUCACGAAGACGACGAGGAAGGUCCGUACUACAGUGCACUAUCAGAUGUAGAAAUCCCCGAAAAUCCUGAGGCCUAUCUUAAAAUGACCACAAAAACUUUGCAAGCGUCUUCUGGUAAAUCCAUUUCUGACGGCCACUCGUGGCUUGUUCCAGACAGCCCGUCCUGCCCCAAGCAUCGUUACAAACAGAUGGAAGGUGAUAGGAGUGGACCGCCCGUCCCCUCAGACUCCAGCACGCCUUAUAAACCAGCCUAUGUGAAGCUCCUGUUACGUCCAAGUGCCGAAGGUGGCAAAGAAGGCCCUACAGUCCUGAAUGGCAGCCGACAGCCGGAAGAUGAGAGAGGCGCAGGUGUAACAGGACAGCAGCCAGGUACCUUGGACAGAUGGGAGCUGAUUCAAGCGCAGGAGCUUCACGGCAAACUCAGAAUGAAACAGAGCUGGCGGCAGCUCGACUCUGACAUCGGCAGCAUCGCCGCGUGGCUGGCAAACACCGAAGCGGAGAUGGAAACGCUGCAGACGGCAGAGCCGCCCUCUGAUGUCCAGGAAAUGGGGCUCCGAGUGCGGAGGCUGCAGGAGAUAGUAAAGGCCUCUGACACCUACAAGGCGUUGCUGGACUCUGUGCACGGGAGCAGCCAGGAGUCUCUGCCCAGCGAGAGCGCCGAGGCGGCCGAGCUCCAGAGCAGGCUGCACCAGCUGCGCGUGCGCUGGGAGGCGGCCCAGGGCGCAGUGGACAGCUGGCGCGCGGGCCUGCGGCAGUCGCUCAUGCAGUGCCAGGACUUCCACCAGCUGAGUCAGAACCUGCUGCUGUACUUGGCCAGCGCUGAGGGUCGGAGGCAGGAGGCUCAUGUUGCUGACCCCAAGGCCGACCCCCAGGUUCUCCUGGAGUGUCAGAGGAGGCUGAUGCAACUGCAGAAGGAGCUAGUGGAACAUCAACCUCAAGUGAACUCCUUACGGGAGAUUGCCAACAGCCUCCUCGUUAAGGGGCCGGGGGAAGACUACAUCGAGGCCGCAGAGAAGGUCCAUGUCAUUGAGAAGAAGCUCCACCAGUUACUGGAGCAGGUGGCCCAAGACCUGAUGUCCCUGCAGGGAAGCCAGACCCAGGACCCAGCCCUGCCUGCUGUCGACGAGGUGGACUCGGGCCAGCAGCCUCCGGCAGCGUCCAUGCCAGCUCCCCGGGCGAGGCUGGGAGCGGAGAAGACCACACGAGGCAGGAAGGAGGCAGACAGCAGGGUGCCCGGCCCCGGCAGCUCCCGGCCACCGCGCUCCUUCCUCGCCCGCGUGCUGAGGGCAGCACUGCCCCUCCAGCUGCUGCUGCUGCUGCUGCUGCUGCUGGCCUGCCUGCUGCCCUCCUCCGAAGAGGACUACAGCUGCACCCAGGCCAACAACUUCGCCCGCUCCUUCUACCCAAUGCUGCGGUACACCAACGGGCCGCCCCCUACCUAGGAGGCUGGGGCCCCUGCAGCGCCCCACAUCAGCCUGUUGACCUCAGGGGACCAGCUCAUGGCCCCAGACCAGUCUGUGAGCGACUGUGGGCACUGGCAAGGUCCAGGGACCCACUAUGGAAGCCUCCUUCUGGACU